CUCCCAUGCUGAGGCUGGAUGGAGCGCAGAAGCUAACAGUCCUCCGAGUUGCCCCAAAGCCUAGGGGGCUGUGAGUCCUGGUCGUACGCCUCGCCGGCCACGUAAUCCUCCUAUUCGGUCCACUCGCCUCCCUCCCGGCGACCCGGCCUCUGGCGGUCAGACCCUUGCAUACGACCGGCCGGCUGGCGAGGAAGCGCGUGCUGGGGUAGUGGUUUGGGUCGGGGUCUGCUGUUAUUGCCACGCCGCGCUCAGGCCAGACGGAGGCCCCGCGGCGGGCGGCAGAUGCGGUGAGGCCCCUCAAUGUGCCCCGCAGCCCGGACCGCCCGUGAACCGCUCGCCCCGCACUAGCUGGCGUGGCUCUGGGCCGCUUCGUUUGGAGAGCGCGUCUUCGCCGCCGCGUCCCCUGCCCAACUGGGAGCAGACUCGGCAGCAUGUCCCCCGCGCUCCAGGACCUGCCACAGGCCGCAGGGAUGAAGAAGACCCUGCAGGACGAUAUCGAAGCCAUCCUCCAGGAGAGGAUCAUGGUGCUCGAUGGAGGCAUGGGGACCAUGAUCCAGCGGCACAAGCUGAGUGAAGACGACUUCCGAGGACAAGAAUUUCAAGAUCAUGCCCGGCCUCUGAAAGGCAACAAUGACAUUUUAAGUAUAACCCAGCCUGAUAUAAUUUACCAAAUCCAUAAGGAUUACUUGCUGGCUGGGGCAGAUAUCAUUGAAACCAAUACUUUUAGCAGCACUAAUAUUGCCCAAGCUGACUAUGGCCUUGAACACUUGGCCUACCGGAUGAACAAGUGCUCUGCGGGAGUGGCCAGAAAAGCAGCUGAGGAAAUCUCUCUCCAGACGGGAAUUAAGAGGUUUGUGGCAGGAGCUCUGGGUCCAACUAACAAGACCCUGUCUGUGUCCCCAUCUGUGGAAAAACCAGAUUACAGGAACAUCACGUUUGAUGAGCUCGUUGAAGCAUACAAAGAGCAAGCCAAGGGGCUUUUGGAUGGUGGGGUUGACAUCUUACUCAUUGAAACUAUUUUUGACACUGCCAAUGCCAAGGCAGCUUUGUUCGCAGUCCAGAAACUUUUUGAAGAGGAGUAUGCUCCCCGACCUGUCUUUAUUUCAGGGACAAUUGUUGAUAAAAGUGGGCGGACUCUAUCUGGCCAGACCGGAGAGGCAUUUGUCAUCAGUGUGUCUCAUGCAGACCCCCUCUGCAUUGGAUUAAAUUGUGCUCUGGGUGCAGCCGAAAUGAGACCUUUUAUUGAAACAAUUGGAAAAUGUACAACGGCCUAUGUCCUCUGUUAUCCCAAUGCAGGUCUUCCCAAUACCUUCGGUGACUAUGAUGAAACUCCGCACAUGAUGGCAAUGCACUUAAAGGAUUUUGCCACGGAUGGCUUGGUCAAUAUCGUUGGAGGAUGCUGUGGUACGACACCAGCUCAUAUCAGAGAAAUUGCUGAAGCUGUGAAAAACUAUAAGCCCAGAGUUCCACCUGCCACCGUUUUUGAAGGGCAUAUGCUGCUGUCUGGUCUAGAACCUUUCAGGAUUGGACCAUACACCAACUUCGUUAACAUCGGAGAGCGCUGUAAUGUUGCAGGAUCCAAGAAGUUUGCUAAACUCAUCAUGGAAGGAAAGUAUGAAGAAGCUCUGAGUGUUGCCAAAAUGCAGGUGGAAAUGGGAGCCCAGGUGCUGGAUAUCAAUAUGGAUGAUGGCAUGCUAGACGGUCCCAGUGCAAUGGCCAGGUUUUGCAACUUCAUCGCCUCUGAGCCUGACAUUGCCAAGGUGCCCUUGUGCAUCGACUCUUCCAACUUUGCUGUGAUUGAAGCUGGAUUGAAGUGCUGCCAAGGGAAGUGCAUCGUGAACAGCAUCAGUCUGAAGGAGGGCGAGGAUGACUUCCUAGAGAAGGCCAGAAGGGUUAAGAAGUUUGGAGCUGCUGUGGUGGUCAUGGCUUUUGACGAGGAAGGACAGGCAACAGAAACAGACACCAAAAUCAGAGUGUGCACCCGGGCCUACCAUCUACUUGUGAAUAAACUGAGCUUCAAUCCAAAUGACAUCAUCUUUGACCCUAAUAUCCUCACCAUUGGCACUGGGAUGGAGGAACACAGCUUGUAUGCUGUUAAUUUUAUCUAUGCGACAAAAGUCAUCAAAGAAACAUUACCUGGAGCCAAAGUGAGUGGAGGUCUUUCCAACUUGUCCUUUUCCUUCCGAGGCAUGGAAGCCAUUCGAGAAGCAAUGCAUGGCGUUUUCCUUUACCACGCAAUCCAGUUUGGUAUGGACAUGGGGAUAGUGAAUGCCGGAAACCUUCCUGUGUAUGAUGACAUCCACAAGGAGCUUCUCCAGCUCUGUGAAGAUCUCAUCUGGAACAAGGACCCCGAGGCCACUGAGAAGCUCCUGCGCUACGCUCAGACUCAGGGCAAAGGAGGGAAGAAGGUCAUCCAGACUGACGAGUGGAGGAACGGCCCCAUCGAGGAACGCCUUGAGUAUGCCCUUGUGAAGGGCAUUGAAAAAUAUAUUAUUGAGGAUACUGAGGAAGCCAGGUUAAACCAGGAAAAAUAUCCCCGACCACUGAAUAUAAUCGAAGGGCCUCUGAUGAAUGGCAUGAAAAUUGUUGGUGAUCUUUUUGGAGCUGGAAAAAUGUUUCUACCUCAGGUUAUAAAGUCAGCUCGUGUCAUGAAGAAGGCCGUUGGUCACCUUAUUCCCUUCAUGGAAAAGGAGAGAGAAGAAAACCAAAUGCUUACCGGCAUAGUAGAAGAUGAGGACCCUUACCAAGGCACCAUCGUCUUGGCUACCGUUAAAGGUGAUGUGCACGACAUAGGCAAGAACAUAGUUGGAGUGGUCCUCGGCUGCAAUAAUUUCCGAGUUAUUGAUUUAGGAGUCAUGACUCCCUGUGAUAAGAUACUGAAAGCCGCCCUCGACCACAAAGCAGAUAUAAUUGGCCUGUCAGGGCUUAUCACUCCCUCCCUGGAUGAGAUGAUUUUUGUUGCCAAGGAAAUGGAGAGGUUGGCUAUAAAGAUCCCGCUGUUGAUUGGAGGCGCGACCACUUCCAGAACCCACACAGCAGUUAAAAUAGCUCCAAGAUACAGUGCGCCUGUAAUCCAUGUCCUGGACGCGUCCAAGAGCGUGGUGGUGUGUUCUCAGCUAUUAGAUGAGAAUCUGAAAGAUGAAUACUUUGAGGAGAUCAUGGAAGAAUAUGAAGAUAUUAGACAGGACCAUUAUGAGUCUCUUAAGGAAAGAAGAUACUUAACCUUGAAGCAAGCAAGAGAAAAAGGUUUCCAUAUUGACUGGCUGUCAGAGCCUCACCCAGUGAAGCCCACGUUUCUUGGGACUCUGGUCUUUGAAGACUACGACCUGCAGAAGCUGGUGGACUACAUUGACUGGAAGCCUUUCUUUGACGUCUGGCAGCUUCGGGGCAAAUACCCGAAUCGAGGGUUUCCCAAGAUAUUUAACGACAAAACCAUUGGUGAAGAGGCCAAAAAAGUCUAUGAUGAUGCCCAAAGUAUGCUGCAAGAGCUGAUCAGUCAGAAGAAGCUCCAGGCCAGGGGUGUGGUUGGGUUCUGGCCGGCUCAAAGCGUCCAGGACGACAUUCACCUGUAUGCGGAGGGCACAGAACCCCAGGCUGCGGAGCCCAUAGCCACCUUUUAUGGGCUCAGGCAACAGGCCGAGAAGGACUCUGCCAGCACAGACCCCUACCUCUGCCUCUCGGACUUCAUCGCCCCUCUGCACUCGGGCGUCCCCGACUACCUGGGCCUGUUCGCCGUCGCCUGCUUCGGGGUGGAGGAGCUGAGCAAGGCCUAUGAGGCAGAGUGUGACGAUUACAGCAUCAUCAUGGUCAAGGCGCUGGGGGACCGGCUGGCCGAGGCCUUCGCUGAGGAGCUGCACGAGAGGGUGCGCAAGGAGCUGUGGGGCUACUGCGGCGGCGAGCAGCUGGCUGUGGCCGACCUGCGGAGGCUGCGCUUUGAGGGCAUCCGGCCGGCGCCCGGCUACCCCAGCCAGCCGGACCACACCGAGAAGUUGACCAUGUGGAAGCUCGCAGACGUGGAGCGGCUCACAGGCAUUAGGCUGACAGAGUCACUGGCGAUGGCUCCUGCUUCAGCAGUGUCCGGCCUUUACUUCUCCAAUGUGAAGUCCAAGUACUUUGCCGUGGGGAAAAUUUCCAAGGAUCAGAUUGAGGAUUAUGCUUUGAGGAAGAACAUGACUGUGGCCGAGGUUGAGAAGUGGCUUGGACCCAUUUUGGGAUAUGAUACAGACUAACUUCUUUUUUUUCUUUUUUCCAACCUUGUCUGUGCUUGAUGCUCCCUGAGGAAAUAAGAGUCCAAAGUGCCUUAACAAGAGUGGCGCAGCAGCUGCAGGCUGGUCUGCACCUGAUUGACCUUUGCCCCCUGCCUGCUCACGGACGUUUGCCAGAAGCUUGUAGAGGAGCAGAGUCUCUCCACGGUUCUUGGGAAGCAAGCUGCUGUUUUUCAAGGACCUUUAAAUGCAGAACAGCGAGCAGGACUCCAGGGGUGUUCCUGGUCCCUCAGGAAUGUGAUAAAGCCUGAGAGAGAUAAUUUCGCAUUUCAAAGCAGGUCAACUUGCUGUCUUCAUUUUUAUCCUGGACCUAGGAGGCCACGUAUUCCUUUUCUUCUCUCUCUCUCAGAAAAUCCUGCAAGUUAGUUGAAUAGAGAAAUGUGAUCCUGUGGCCAAGCGAUGCCAGGAGCAAUGGGGCAUUUUCCUGUGGGUGGUUAGAGCUGUUACUCUGCCUGGGAAGGCAGCCUCACGCUGCUGUCUCCCAAGAUCUCAUUUUCUGAAGCCUUGGUUAGACGCUUAUAGAUGUCCCUGUGGCAAAGGGCACGCUCCCCACAGGCCUGUCAGAAGUGCUCAGGCUGCUUGCCCCUGCGGGGUCAAAUGCAGUAAUGUUCUCCAAGGCUUUUGUCCUCUGAUUUCACAUUCCUUCGCCCUCAGGGAGGAAGGAGGUGGCAGAGAGAGUGGCCGCGAAGGAUAGUUAACAUCUCGGGGUUGUUUUCCAGAACUGAGCAGCUCUCGGCGAAGCUGCGUGUCCCGAGUGGACAGGUGAACAGCAACAUUCCACUCAGCUCUUUCCUCUCUGUGCUGACCCAGUGCCAGCCUCACAUGGCCUAAGAGCAGCACAUGGAUUCAGUCACGAUUGUUGCAGGAAAUGGUUAAGAGCAUGGGCUUUGAAGUCACUCAGACCCAGGUUCAAGUUCAGCUGUGCCAUGACAGAGGCAGUUGCUUAAGCUCUCCAACGCAAUUUUCUCAUCUAUGAAAUGGAGGCAGCGAUACCAGUUCCUGGCUCGUAGGCCUGAGGUGAUGCUCAGAAGGCAGGAAACACGGGGUCUAGGUGCAAUGCAGGCGUCAUAGACGACAGCAUCUGGAGAGCUCAGCACAGAGCAGAUGCUCGUGGAAACGGGGCAAAGCCUGAUGGAAGUGAAAGAUCUGGGGGAUGCACAUGGGGAGACAGGACUGCGUUUACUAGGCACCCUUUCUGGAAGGAGAGCCCCUCUGAGCAGGGACUGGAGCCUGAAGCUCCCAUCAGUGUGAUCGGCAUCAUUAACCCUCAUUUUCUGGGAGACAGUCCCCUCACAUGGGACAUGGGGUGGCUUUGCCCCAGAGCAGUUAUAGCAGGUGUACACUCAGGUGCAUUGCAGGCAAAAGGGGAAAAAUACUUAGGGAAUGACGGUCCUGCAUAACUGCAGCAUAUGCAUGUUUGCCUGCAGAGCAACACCCCUGCAGGCGUCUCUUGCCCUUAAAGUGAAGCAACUGUAUGCCUUUUUUUUUUUUUUUGAUGUAUUUUAUUUUAUUUUAUUUUAUUUUAUUUUCCCACUGUACAGCAAGGGGAUCAAGUUAUCCUUACAUGUUGUAUGCCUUCUUUAGGUACAUUCACUCUGUGCUAUUUUGAGAAUGGGACUUAGUUUCCUAAGAUGCUCACUUGGAGGACUUAUUUUCUGUGGGUAUGUUAUUGUAGGCCUUGGUGCAUUCUUCUGUGAGAAAGAAUAACCCCUUCCAAACACUUUAACAUGUUUUACCUGAAUUAGAGUUGCUACGAGCCUCCCAGUCUCAUUAAAUAUUUAUCAUAUCUUUUCUGAACUAGUUAUGUGAUGGAAUGGCUUUCUCAAAAGUACUGUCGAUGUAAUCAUGAUGGAUGCCGUUUAUCUAAAGACAAAAACAACCUGUGUAAGUUCAAGGGCCCAUGUGUUCAUUAAAGAAUAUAGACUGUAAUUCAAAAACCCCUCCAUGGGUUUUGUGUCAGGUUGACCUCAAAGGCAAGAAGGUGAGCGUUCCCCACCCGGGUCGUCCCUGUGCCUCUACUUGCAUGACCAGAGCCUCACCUUGUCAUCAACAUCUGUGGCUGCCCCAUCACUCAUCAUGUCCCUCGGGGAGCUCUUAUUUAUUUUCUAAAGGAGCUCUUAUUUGAAAUCAUCUGCUUGUUCUGCUAUGUGUAGUGAGGAGGCGGGCAUGUGGGAUGAUGGUUGAGAUCAGGUUUUGUAACAGCCCGUUUCUCCUUUGAUAUGUUCUGCCACCAGCCUCCCUCCAUCCACAGCUGAGCUCAUUUAGAGAAUAGUUGACCUUCUUUCUAUUUCUCUCAGGCACGUCCUCAGCAAACAACUGAGUUCUGCUCUGUGCUAAACACUAUCUCCCAUUCUCUCCUUGACUCGGUGAAGUCAGAUUUCUUAACCCAUCUCUUCUGUCAUAAAUGACCUCUUAACUUUAGAUCCAGUAGCCUUCCCAAUGAUUUUUCUUCUCUCUGGGUUUGGACAAUAUUGACCACUUCUUCAAAACUCUCCUAACCCUAACCCUUUGACUUCACUUAGCAGUCUCUGUCUCUUAGAAUUUCUUAGCUAUAUUCAUGGUUUUCUCCUCCUUUGCUCGUUUAAAUCCCGGUCCUCAAGAGCCUGUCACUAGCUCCCUUCUUAGUUACAUAGUUUCCGUGGGCAGUUACAUCCAACUGAAACCCCUCUGUCUGAAGCGUAUAGCAUAGCAAAUCCAACAGCCUCUUCUAGGAGGACAUACCAGCAUCUCAGACCCAGCGUGUCUCAAACCAGCAUCAUCUUAUUCUCAAAGGCUUGAUAUAUUCACUAAUGAAGAACUGCGCCACCUCAGACUUGCCCCAUAUCAUCCUUUUCUUGGACUAUCGAAGUUAUCUUAAAAAAUGUGCAUAAAGGACACACUUAUCCUACUUUAAGUUGGGAAGGUAGCAGAGAUGUUUGAAGCAGGCAGUGGUUCGGUUAAGGCCUGAUUUGGGACUUGAAGGAUGAAGAUGAAGAAGGAAGAUAGAAGCAAAUGAAGAACUGUCUUUUUUCAUGAAUAUCGAAGGUUGUAAGGGCAUCAGAUCUCCCCAAAAUGAUCUCUAGAUUCAGUGCCAUUGCCAGCAGAGGUUCUGUUGAAUGUGACAAACAGAUAUUUAAAUGUAUAUGGAAUGGCAGAGGACUAGGAGGGCUGAACGCUUCUAAAUAUGAUGAAGAGGUGAGGGGAGCUUACAAGACAGUGUUGCUGUAGAGUUUGUGGUGUGUGUGGUGCAGAGGUAGGCAUUCUGAGGAGUGUAAUGAAAUAAGAGCCUGGAAAAGAACCCCUGCAUGUAUGCUGACCUUUGAGAUGUGAUGAGGUGCCACAGCAGACCAGUGGGAACAGAAAGCGUGACUCUGAGGAGUUCUAGAACAGCCAUUAUCCGUAUGGAAAAAGUGAAAUUUGAUUUCUGCCUCACAACUAACUUAACAAUUGCAAGUACAUUAAGAUCUUAAUUACAAAAAGCAAAUAUUAAGUGUUUGCAUAUAAAAAUCUUAGAGCAGGAAAGAGUCUUGAGACAUAAAGUGCCAAUCAUAAAGAUAUUAAAUCAAGUAUGUUAAAACCAGGACUUAGUUUAAGCUAAUAAACAAUGUAGUGAAAAGACAAAUCAAGACUGAUAUUACAGUUAACUAUCAAAGGUUAGUAGAAUUUAUGGAAGUCCCUGUUUUUAAAAAGAGAAAAAUAGAAAGACCUGAAAAGGCAAUUCACAGAAGAGGAAAUACAUAGGGCUUAUAAAUAAGUAGAAACGUUGGAGAUGAGAAUUAAGACCACAAUGAGCUUGCAUUUUAUAUCAUUAAGAUUUGUAAAGUUGAGUUUGGUGCUACCUUGUGCUGAUGAAGAUCUGUGUAAUUGUGUGGGUGUGUGACCAGGCGCCUCUGCUUUAGGAAACAGUCACAAAGGCAAACAUUUGCUGUUUAGGAUCUGGACCACGGUUCCAAUUCCCAUUGUGUCUCCAGUAAACUCUUGGGUCAUAGUAGCAUCUUCAUAGUAGUUAAUUACUGGAAACACUGAAAGGUCUCUCUGUCUACAGGAGAACGGGUGAGUUAAUCAGGUGUAUUCAGAGUGAGGGGUUUACUCAGUAGUGAAAAUGAGUGAACUGCAGCUACACUCAACAGUAAGAAGGAAUCUCUGAAAAAUGUUAAAGAAAAAGCAAGUCCCAGGAUAUAGUUGAGACUAUUUUUUUUUUCAGAUCAAAACCAAAGGGUAUAUCAUCUCAGCAUACAUAAAUGGUGAAACUUUGCUGUUUUUGUUUGUUUGUUUGUUUUUUUAAAGUAAACCAAAAUUUAGCCUGCUAAUUACCUCUUAGGGAGAUGGAGUGGAUAACAGAGGGACACGUAGGUAGAUGCAGGUUCUUGGUAGCGGUCUAGUUCUUGUUGGCUUGUAGGGUAGGUUUACGGUUUAUUGUAUCAUGCUUUAUAGCUAAUAUGUACUAUAGACUUCUGUAUGUAUUAAAUAUGUUGUCCUUAAUGUAUUAAAUAUAAAAAUAAUAAAGGAAAAGUGAAAUAGUA